UCCAGCACCGCCAGUGUAGCUGCGCUCCGCUGGACCAUCUCCGUGUUCUACAGGUUCCGUUUCCGUUUGGUCAAGCGGAGCAAUCCUCCCACCUACCGGGGCGGUCGCGUGACCGCUGCCCCCUCUUUAGCACGAGAACUUUCUGUUACGACACAACUUCACCCGCUAACGGUAAAUAGACACGUUAGAACCAUGUCCGGCGCUGUGAAUUUCAAAGAGUGCGGCUCUGUGCUGGUGACGGGAGCCAGCCGUGGGCUCGGCCUGCAGAUCGUGGAGAGUUUGGCGAGUGGCGGAUUCUCACCCGGAAAGAUCGUCGCCACGGCCCGAAACCCGGAGCGCGCGCAGAAACUCCAGGAGCUGGCCUCCAAGCACUCCAACAUCCACGUUAUAGCAUUAGAUGUAGUGAGCCAGGAAAGCAUCGAGAAGGCCGCUGCGGAGGUGACCCAGCUGCUUCCAGAACAUGGCCUCAACUGCCUCAUCAACAACGCAGGCAUCAGUGUGUCGGCUGACUUCAAUACGGUGACUGCAGAAAAGAUGAUAGAGACCUUCCAUACCAACACCGUGGCUCCUCUAAUGGUCACCAAGGCCUUCCUGCCCCUGUUGAGGCAAGCAGCAUCCAGAGGAGGAGCAGGUGGCUCAAGGAGCAUGAGUAUCCAGAGGGCAGCAGUAAUUAAUAUAAGCUCAGUGCUGGGCUCUCUGGAGCUCAACUGGAAAGCAGAAACCUUUAAUAAGUGGUACCCCUACAAGGCAUCCAAGUGUGCCUUGAACAUGGUGAGUCGUUGUAUGGCAUUAGACCUGGAGGCUGAUGGGAUUCUCUGCAUGGCUAUUCAUCCUGGAUGGGUCCGCACUGACAUGGGAGGGUGUGAGGCCCCACUGAGUCCAGAAGAGAGCAUCUCUUCCACAUUGUCUGUGAUUGGUGGAUUAACUGAGAAGGAUCAUGGGUCAUUUCUAGACUAUACAGGAGAGGUGUUGCCCUGGUGAUCCUAAUGAUCACAGAAAUAGGGCAUACAGUUAUGUACACUAUGCAUGUAUCAGUAGGGUUUUUCUUCGGUAUUAAACUGAAAUGCAAAGUAGUGAAAAUGUUUAAUUGAGCCAAUGAACUGCCUGAAACGCUAUAUAUUACAAUAAAGGUGUUUUUCUGAAGUUUCAAA